AAGAGGAAGUGCCCCCUCCCUUUAGAGAGGAAGUUGUGAGGCGCGAUCUGAGUGAGCUGCGUUCGCUGUCGCCACCUCGAGCUCCAUGCGGGCCCGGAGGGGUCCUUCACAUAAAGCCACUGACAGGCGCCCUCCGAAGAAGCUGAAAUGUGAAAAGCGAAAUCGAGCCAAGUUGAAGAUCCCCAAGGUGGAUGUUUGUGCAAACAGCAGCAGCAUCUUCUUAACGGAGCCAGCGAAUAAAAUAUCAGAAGUGAAUGAGCGCUCACCGAACCCACCUGUCCUCAAGAUGAUGCUGCAAAGCGAAGGAAAAGCAAUUCCAAAGAUUAGUGCUGAGUCAGUGGUUGACCGAGCUGACCUUUGUGCAGAAGCUUCUGUCCCAAGUGCCAAGGACUGCUUGCUAAAGGCUGAAAAUGAGCCUCUCUUCCUACCUGUUAUCCAAAAUGGAGAGGAGGAGGAGGAGGAAGAGGGAGAAGAGGAGAGCUGUGGAACUGGCUGCUCAGAUGACUCAGAAAUGGAACCUGAGGAGGCGCAAGACUGUUCUCUUGAGCUGGAUAAUAGUAUAUUCCUGAAUGAGGACAGUAACCAGCCGCUGCCAGUAGACCGAUUCUUUGGAAGUGUGGCAUAUAUGCACGACCUCCCAGCUCCUUCUCUUGUCAGGGCUCCCACCAACAGACGAGAAUUCCGGAAGCUACACUUCAUAGCCAAGGACGACGACGAUGAAGAUGACGAAGACGUCGUUUGAGCCAAAGAUCUACCCUCCCCUUCUGCCACAAGGUCCCUUCUGUGUGCCAGGCGCACAAAGAUCCGUGUGACUAGAUAUUCCUUUUUGAAGAAGGAAGCACAUUUCCUGCUGCAAAAAUAUACUGAUCCUUGUUUGGGUCUUGGGUGGAACAAGUUCCUUUCUAAUAUACGCUAAAGAACUUACUUCUGUACAUUUUCCUGCCUCCUUGUGGGAGAGAGGACACCAGCGGUGGUUAGAGGAGGUGUGGGCUCCAUCAUCUGUUUUUGUGCCGUCCCGAUUUUGGACUUGUCGCUUUUCUCCCUUUGCAUCAGUGCUGGGCUUUUUGCAGUGUCACGCAUGAUACGCACAAUGCUUAAGUUGCUUGGAAGGGGGGGGGGCGGGUUGCAGUGGGACAUCCCGGAUUUCUUGCUGGCUUUUGGAUCUCUGAAGCCUGACCAGCAGGGGGCCUUAAAACCUGCCAAAGGACACUGUGAGAAGAGCUGGGGGCCUUCCCCUGGAUACGAACUCUGUGAGUUCGCCCAGUCUGAUCCGCCUGUUGUGGCUCCUCUAUGGUGAUGGGGGCGGGGGGGGGGGGGAGCCACAGUUCGCUUUGCCUGUUCUUGAUUCUUCUCGUUGCCUUGGUUACUUGGGCAGCUACCGCUGUGGGCUGGAGAAGCUUUGUGUAGAGUUAAUUAAAAAGAGAGACUCCUC